AUGGCAUACCCACUCCACCUCACCGGCCUCACGCCCAAAGAAGCAGUUGCUGAUGCCCUCUACCGCGCUUGUAAUUCCUACGACACUCAGGACCUCGCCCUCCAUGACUCUGCAUUCGUGAAUAGCCCGGAAAGCUUCGUCUCGCUAGACGACACGGUCAUGAGAGGCUUUGAAUCCAUCCGAAUGGUCUUCCACAUGGUCGCACCGCUCGAUACCUCCCACAUGGCCACCACGCCACGAGUCCAGAUUCACGAGGGAGGCAAGACGGCACACAUGACGGCUACGAUUCUCUCGCAGCAUUUCAAGGCCGGCGAGGGAAAGGAACCCACGCCGGGUGUGGAAAGGGCAUUCUUGACGGGAGGAGCGCUGUAUGAUCUGGAUUUGGAGCUGGACGAGACGGAUGCGCUGUGGAAGAUUAAGCAUUUCAGGAUCAAGGCAUUGUGGAGACAGGGUGAUGCGAAGGCUGUCGGCUUGGGGAUGUAA